AUGUCCUGGGAGACCAUGAAGGCCACGCUGUAUCUAUGCGAUGGCUCUACAUUUCCUGGCCAUCUCUUCGGCGCAGCCAAAAGUGUUGUUGGUGAAAUUGUUUUCCAAACGGGUAUGGUCGGUUAUGUGGAAUCGCUCACAGAUCCUAGUUAUGCCGAACAACUUCUCACACUAACUUAUCCCAUGAUUGGAAACUAUGGAGUUCCAAAUCCUUCAGAAAUUGAUUCACUAGGAUUGCCAAAGCAUUUCGAGAGCAGCCGUGUUUGGCCAGCGGCGUUGAUUGUAGACAAAAUAUGUCCUGAAAAUGAGCACAGCCAUUGGAAAGCCGUGGAGUCGCUGAGCUCAUUCUUGCAGAGGGCUGGCGUUCCAGGAUUGGCAGGUAUCGACGUAAGAAAACUUACAAAGAAAAUAAGGGAAGUAGGAACAAUGAAAGCUAAGAUAAUUAUUGAAAGCGACGAACCGUCGGCCGUAUCGUUUUCGGGAUAUAUGAAAGGCAACUUGGUGGCAGCCGUGUCGACGAAAGUCACCACAGACGUUUGGUUCUGGUGCAAUUACCGUUCUAGCGGUGGAUUGCGGUAUGAAAAACAAUCAAAUUCGAUGUAUGGUGGAAAGAGGAGUGCGCGUGAAAGUUGGUACUCGUGGGAUCACCCAUUUGAAAAUGAAGCAUUUGACGGACUGUUCCUUUCAAACGGUCCUGGUGAUCCAGAAAGGUGUACUGAGCUGGUAAAUCGCUUGAGCGAAUUCCUGAAGAAGAAGACGAAGCCGGUGUUUGGUAUCUGCUUAGGUCAUCAGCUGUUAGCGCGUGCUGUUGGAGCUAAGACGUACAAGCUCAAGUCACAAUCAACCGUGCACCCAUCAAGGCACUGGACAUUGCUUCAUCACACUCAAGAAACAGGAUUUGCUGUAGACACAACGUCAUUGCCAGCCGGUUGGCGUCCGUUAUUCACAAAUGAGAAUGACGGUACAAAUGAAGGCAUUGUACACAUGUCAAAACCUUCUUCCCCCAGUGUACAGUUCCAUCCGGAACACACCGGUGGUCCAGCUGAUUGUGAGUUCCUCUUCGAUGUCUUCAUAGAAGCAAUUGUUUCGAUGAAAAAGGGUCGUGGACGAGUUGCUCACAUCGUCUAUCCGUUACGAUUCCUCCUACCGAAUACGCAAGCAGCGAAAGGUUCUCGUGCUCGGUUCUGGAGGCCUAACAAUUGGCAAGCUGGAGAAUUUGACUACUCGGGAGCUCAGGCGCUAAAAGCGUUGAAGGAGGAAGGAAUUCGCACUGUCCUCAUCAAUCCAAAUGUGGCAACUGUGCAAACGUCCAAGGGUUUUGCAGACUUACAUAUUCUUAUACGAUUCCAAAAGCACUAUGUGAUCAAAAAGGAACGCCCAACCGGCAUUUUGUGUACAUUUGGCGGCCAGACUGCAUUGAAUUGUGCCAUCGACCUUUACAAAGAUGAUGUUUUCAAAAGCUACGAUGUUGAGGUCUUGGCACAUCCAAUCUAUUGUUUACGAUUCAUGAACACGGAAGAUCGUGAGAGAUUCAACAUGGAAGUGAGAAGCAUUGGUGAGCAGGUGGCACCGAGUCAUGCCGCAACCACUUUAGAUGGCGCUGUAGAGGCCGCUGAAAAGAUUGGAUAUCCAGUGCUGGUUCGAGCUGCUUACGCUUUGGGCGGGCUCGGUUCAGGUUUUGCAACAAAUCGCGCUGAGCUUGUGGCGAUCGCUCAACAGGCACUUGCACAUUCAGAUCAAGUGCUAAUCGAUAAGAGUCUCAAGGGAUGGAAGGAG